AUAAUCUACAUAAUCUAAAUACAAGAUUUGUGAAAUUUGAGGUGAUGGGGACAGACAAGGGCAUCCAAACUUGAUGAUCUAGAGAACACAUUCAGAGGUUUGCACAUAAGUAUCCAAGAUGUAAGACUUCAAAUGUGAUUGGAAAGUUCUUUAGCAAGCUUUCACCACUGGCCUUUAGCUCAUCCAUGUAAAUUACUGUGUCUGGCUGGACCUUAGUUCCCUCAUCUAUUGAUCAAUGAUAUGGGGCUACAUGAUGUCCACUACUUCUUCUCACUUCUGGACUUCUUUAUAAAUCAGAUUAUCUGUCUUUUUACUUCCAGGGCACAAUGAUAAUGACGUUACUCACUUCUGUGCUGCACGAUGACAAAGAAUUCCCUAAUCCAAAGAUCUUUGACCCUGGCCACUUUCUGGAUGAGAAUGGCAACUUCAAGAAAAGUGACUACUUCAUGCCUUUCUCAGCAGGAAAACGAAUUUGUGCAGGAGAGGGACUUGCCCGCAUGGAGCUAUUUUUAUUUCUAACCACAAUUUUACAGAACUUUAACCUGAAAUCUGUUGUUGAUCUAAAGAACCUCAAUACUACUUCAGCUACCAGAGGGAUUAUUUCUCUGCCACCCUCGUACCAGAUCUGCUUCAUUCCUGUCUGAAGAAUGCUAGCCCAUCUGGCUGCCGAUCUGCUAUCACCUGAAACUCUUUUUUAUCAACGACAUUCCCACUGUUAUGUCUUCUCUGACCUCUCAUCAUAUCUUCCCAUGCACUCAAUAUCCCAUGAGCAUCCAACCUCCAUUAAGGAGAGUUGUUCAGGUCACUGCACAAAUAUAUCUGUAAUUAUUCAUACUCUGUAACACGUGUAUUGACUGUCACAUGUGCUAAUACUUUUCUGAUGCUGACUUUUUAAUAUGUUAUCACUGUAAAACACAGAAAAGUGAUUAAUGAAUGAUAAUUUAGAUCCAUUUCUUUUGUGAAUGUGCUAAAUAAAAAGUGUUAUUAAUUGCUGGUUC